CGACGGGAGGGACAUCACAAACGCUUGCCGCUCUAGGACCCCGAACUCGUUCUCCUUAGCCCCUUGGGCUCCGCAGGAGGCGGAGAGGAUGCGGGAGAGUCUGACGGGGCCCCUGAUACAGAAACUCGAAGCCAGGCAAAAGUUUCUCUUGGGGGGAAAAAAAAGAGCGGGAUCCCUUGGAGGGAUCAGUCCUGCAGCCCCAGAAAUGGUCCCGUGAAGGAAAAGGCAUCUGGAGACCCACCAGAGUCCUUGGAGCCAUUUGCAGUUGCUCUGCAGGACAGAGAAAGGAUGGAGACACAACCUUUUGGAAAGGAGGGAAGCGGAAAAGGCCCUUCAGCUGCUCAGCCGGGGAAGAGGGGGAAGCUCUGGACAAGGACUGGGCAGGAGAUCCUGGAGGAGGAAACCAUCCUCCCUUCACAAGUUCAGCCCUGGAACUUCAUCCAAUACCAGGACGCUGAGGGUCCCCGAGGCCUUUGCAGACGACUCCAUGACUUUUGUAGGCGAUGGCUGAGACCAGAAAAGCACACCAAAGCCCAGAUGCUGGACCUGGUGGUUCUGGAGCAGCUCCUUGCUCUUCUGCCCGCAGAGAUGGAGGGCUGGGUGCGGGAGUGUGGAGCAGAGACCAGCUCCCAGGCGGUGUCCCUGGCGGAAGGCUUCCUUCUGAGCCAGGUGGAGGAGAAGAAAGAGCAGGUCAAGUUGCAGUGCUGCACUGUGGAGAUUAGAGAUCCUGAACGAAAGACAAAUCCAUCAAAUCCCCCUCAGGAGCUAUUUUUCAGGAGGAUCCCUGGGGAAGAUCAAAGUCAGGACACUUCAGGAGAGAAACAAAGAAUGAAGUUUUCUGUUUUUUACGACGGAGCUCAAACUGUGAUUGAACUUCCAAAUCAAGACAGUCUUGUGUCCUUCGAGGAGGUGGCUGUGUAUUUCUCUGAGGAGGAGUGGUCUCAGCUGAAUCCUGACCAAAAAGCGCUGCAUUUGGAAGUCAUGCUUGAAAAUCAUAGGAAUGUGGUCUCUCUGGAGGCUGCCACCAAGAAGAAGAGGGAGUCUAGCUAUUCUCCAAAGCACAUGAGGGUAGGAGAAGAAGCAAUGGGUAGAAACUAAUCAAGGAGAAAAGAAUCACCCAAAGAGAUGGCUGCCAACAUGGAUGCUGCAGCUGGGUUCGCUUUCUUUCAGUGUACAGUUGGAUGAUUCUGUGUUUGUUUUGGAUGUCUGAAGUUUUUAUGAAGAGAUUGGAUAACCAUUUGUCUGAAAUGGUAUAGGGUUUCCUACCUAAGCAUGGGUUUGGAAUAGAAGACCUCCAAGGUCCCUUCCAACUCUUAUUCUAUUCUAUUCUAUCUUGUGCAGUCCUCAGUUUGUAGAAAACUCAGGCCUGAAGUACUAUAGCGUGGGAUCAGUAGAAUGAGAGCUUGCACUACUGAACCUGCGUGAUCUGGCACUAAAGUAGUUUAGGCCUCUGUUCUCUGCUAACUAAGGCCUGUACCAGAUCUGGCCAAAGAGCCCUUGCAAACCAAUGAGACUUUUGAGGAGUGAAAUAACCUUUUUUGAGCCUCCCAACCUUUCCAGUCUCGGCGCAAAGAGCAUUUAUAAGCCAAUGGGAGGCUUCAAGCAAAGGAUUAUGCCCCAAAUCUCAUCACUGGGAUCAAGAAUGGGCCAAGCAGAAGUCUUGCCUGCCAGACAGACGCCAUGGAGCAGCUGCUCCAAGCUACACAAGGGAAGAAAGCUUGUUUCAAAAUUGUUUCAGUUCUCACAGGUCUCGGCUGAAAUUAACCCACCCCAAUAAAUCUUAAGUUUUUUCCUAAUUCCUUCUUGGGUGGUUCCCCUUAUUAUUCCUUAAUUGAAAACUGACUUUGAGUGAGAUCGGGCUUGAUAAAUCGACACUUAGAGUUUGAAAAUUAAUGACUAGUUACAAUUGGCCUUUCCUCUCCCCUUCCCUCCCUCAGGCUAGAAUCACAGAUGCCUCUCCUCUCCCCUUCUCUCCCUCAGUUAUUUUCAAUUUGGGAGAGGGAAUAGAAUGUCUAAUUAGCAUCAGAGUGUGUUAUCAUAAUAUAGAAAAUACUAAUGCUCUGAUGGUCAUUUCAAAAAAUCUUUUCUUAAUGAGCACCUAGAAGGCAACAGGAGCAUACAUGGAAAAUUUCAAGUUUGUAGGCAUUACGGUUCUAGAGAUUUCAUGAUUAAUGCGUGAGUGGUUUUUGCUUUUAUAUAUAUAUAGAUUGUAAAGAAAGAUAUUUUCUAGAUAUUUUCAAAGCUUUCGUGACCCAUGAAUAUAGAAAUUAUCUUGUCUAUAUCAAACCAUUGUGAGAAUACAGAAUACAACAUAAUGGAAUUUUGGAAAAAUUCAGAAGAAUAUUCGUUGACUUUCUACAUUUUGAUCUUUUUCUCUAACCGUGUUAUCAUUUUCA